AUGCGUGAAAUCAUCUCCGUCCACCUUGGCCAGGGUGGCGUCCAGCUUGGCAACGCGUGCUGGGAGCUCUACUGCAUCGAGCAUGGCAUCCAGCCAGACGGCCAGAUCCCCAAUACCUCCACGGGCUCGGGCAAGCACGUGCCGCGCGCUGUGCUCGUCGACCUGGAGCCAACAGUGUGUGACGAGGUGCGGACGGGGGCGUACCGCCAGCUUUACCACCCGGAGCAGCUCAUCUCGGACAAGGAGAGCGCCGCCAACAACUUCGCUCGGGGUCACUACACGAUCGGCAAGGAGAUCGUAGACCACGUGCUGGACCGCAUUCGGAAGCUGGCGGACGCUUGCACAGGCCUGCAGGGGUUCAUGAUCUUCAACGCGGUGGGUGGUGGCACUGGGUCGGGGCUGGGCGCGCUGCUGCUUGAGCGCUUGUCGAUGGACUACGGCCGGAAGAGCAAGCUGGGGUUCACCAUCUACCCUUCGCCGCUGCUGUCCUCGGCGGUCGUGGAGCCUUACAACUCGGUGCUGGCCACGCACUCGUUACUGGAGCACACGGACGUCUCCUUCCUACUCGACAACGAGGCCAUCUACGACAUCUGUCUCCGUUUACUCGGCGUCGAGCGCCCCACGUACACCAACUUGAACCGUUUAAUCGCCCAGGUGAUCUCGUCGUUGACCACUUCGCCACGCUUUGAUGGCUCGCUCAACGUGGAUAUCACCGAGUUCCAGACGAACCUUGUGCCGUACCCGCGGAUCCACUUCAUGCUGAGCUCGUACGCCCCAGUCAUUUCGGCCGAAAAAGCGUUCCACGAGUCUCUGUCCGUAGCUGAGAUCACCAACAGCGCGUUCGAGCCGACGUCGAUGAUGGCCAAGUGCGACCCGCGCCACGGCAAGUAUAUGGCCACGUGCCUCAUGUACCGAGGCGACGUUGUCCCCAAGGACGUGAACGCAGCCGUCGCGUCUAUCAAGACCAAGCGCACGGUCCAGUUCGUCGACUGGUGCCCCACAGGAUUCAAGUGCGGCAUCAACUUCCAGCCUCCGUCGGUGGUGCCUGGCGGUGACCUGGCGUGCGUCCAGCGAGCUGUAGCCAUGAUCUCCAACACGAGCGCCAUCGCCGAGGUCUUCUCGCGCAUCGACCACAAGUUCGACCUCAUGUACGCCAAGCGCGCGUUCGUGCACUGGUUCGUGGGCGAAGGCAUGGAGGAGGGCGAGUUCACGGAAGCCCGCGAGGAUCUGGCCGCUUUAGAGAAAGACUACGAGGAGGUGUCGGCGGAGACGGCGGAGGGCGACGCGGACGAUGAAAUGUACGGGGAGGAAUACUAG